GCGCUGUACCGCGGAGCGGGCCGCGGGCAGCGGCAGCGGGAGGCGGGCGCCAGCUCCUCCUUCUCCUAUUCCUCCCCUUCCUCCUUCGGCCCCGGGGUGGGCUUGCCCGCGGCAGCCGGGGUGUGGGGCCGUGCCGUGCCGUGCCGUGCCGUGCCGUCCCCCGUGUGCGAUGGACUGGCAGGUGCUGACCAGGGAGCUCUCCCUCUAUCUGGAGAGCCAGGUCCGCGUGGGGUUCCUCGGCUCCGGCGUGGGCUUGUCCCUGGUGCUGGGUUUCGGCGUCGCCUACGCCUGCUACUACCUCAACAGCAUCGCCAAGAAACCCCAGCUGGUGGCAAGCAAUGACCGUUUCUGCCGCUUUCUCGAGGAAUAUUGCCCCGUUGUGACAGAAACUUACUAUCCCACGAUUUGGUGCUGGGAAGGUCGGGUACAGACGCUCCUGCGUCCCUUUAUCACAUCUAGACCCCAAGUACAGUACAGGAAUGAGCUCAUUAAAACAGCAGAUGGAGGACAGAUUUCGUUGGAUUGGUUUGAUAAUAAUGACAGCUCGUAUUAUCCGGAUGCCAGCACAAGACCCACUGUCCUGUUAUUGCCUGGCCUGACAGGAACAAGCAAGGAAUCCUACAUUCUUCAUAUGAUCCAUCAAAGUGAAACACUGGGAUACAGAUGCGUGGUUUUUAACAAUCGGGGAAUUGCUGGCGAGGAGCUUUUGACACCAAGGACUUACUGUGCAGCUAACACAGAGGAUUUAGAGGCUGUUAUUCAUUAUGUGCACAGCUUGCACCCCUCAGCUCCAUUCAUGGCAGCAGGUGUUUCUAUGGGCGGCAUGCUUCUUUUAAAUUACCUGGGCAAAACUGGCAGAGACACUCCUUUAAUGGCAGCUGCAAUUUUCUCUGCGGGUUGGAAUGUUUUUGAAUCUGUAGAAUCUCUGGAGAAGCCACUAAACUGGCUUCUUUUCAACUAUUACUUGACCACUUGUCUACAAUCCUCUAUCAGCAGGCAUCGACAAAUGUUGGAGAAAUUAUUUGAUAUGGAUCUUGUGAUGAAGGCUAGAACUGUUAGAGAAUUUGAUAAACAGUUCACUUCAGUCAUGUUUGGCUACCGUUCAAUUGAUGAUUACUAUGAAGAUGCUAGCCCAUGUCGCAAGCUGAAGUCAGUAGGAAUUCCAGUGUUAUGUCUAAACUCUGUGGAUGAUGUUUUCUCACCAGCUCAUGUUUCUGAGAAGAGAAGGAGAACAAAAGCUAAUGUAGAGGAAAACCACUAAAAUGAACAGCUGGUUGAGGCAACAGUCUUCAGCAGUGAGCACCUGACACCUUUAAAAAUGAAGUUUAUACAACUGAUUUAUUUUAGGGAAAUUUUCUUCUGCCACCACAAGUGAAGUGAGAUUCUUGCAGAAUGAGUCAUGAAACCAAAGUGAACAGGCAAACAGAUUAGAACAACAAGCAGAAAUUAAAGAAUUGGAAGAGACUUUGUGUGCACAGUUUAUCUGUGUGCAGAUGUACAACACAUACAGAAACAUGCACACACAUUACUAUUUAUAGUUCAAAGAUCAGUUAGAGACAAAUGUGAUAUGAAAAGGGCUGCUCCAGUAGAGUGCACUAGAAAAAGACAGUCUGAUUUCUUCCUCUCUGGAACAAAAAGCAUCCUGUGCUUUGCAUAGACAAUGUAAAGAGAUGACAGACACCUAAUAUGAGGGGAAAAAAUGGUCACUCUAGAUUAGCCGAACUACCUAUCCCCUACACUGGCCAAAACAGAGGCUUAUAAAAGAAAUAAGGUCUGAGUAAACACAGCAAUAUUAUUCUAGAAUACUGUAUUAACCUUGAAAAAAUUUGCAGUUCUAAGACAUUCUGAAACUGAGCUAAUCCCUUUGUAUUUACUAGCUUCUGUGGGACUUUUUUUUCCUUGAAAUUGGACCCUGGACAUGACUUUCCUCAUAGAACUGUAGGGAGGUCAUCUGCUGUGCCAUGUUUCUUUCACAGUAGCUGAGACAGGGAACAAUGGCUUCACCUCUUUGUUUAGCACUAGCUUAACCACUUAGUUUGUGGUUUCUGCUCUAAAGUUAAGUAAUAACUGUGGCAGGGUCUACCUAGUUAGCAUAGUGGCAACAGCAGUAAACCAGUCAGUGUGCCUCACUCCCUGAAAGAUUCGUUAACCUUUUCCAGCCUAUUAUGACUGGAACUGGGACAUUUUUUAGCUAGAUGAAAGCUAGUGCAGAUACUCCAUCCUCUUUUUACCUCCAGCUCUCAAGAGCCAGCCAUUGAUCUGACCCUAUGACAUUCAAUCUGAACACAAGAAAACAUUUUUUUUUACUGUGAGAGUGGUCAAAUGCUGGCAUAGUUUGUGUGGUCUCCAUCUACUGAGAUACUCACGAUGUUACUGGACACAGCCCUGGAAGACCUACUGUUGGUAACCCUGCCAUUGCUGGACUAGAUUAUGUCAAGAGGUCUCUUACAGCCUCAGCAGUACUGUGAUGUGUUGUUUGAGUACUCAAAAGAUUGAGUCCCCUAGAGUACAGCUGUAGCAAAUCUCUCCAUCCUUGAAGCUGUUUUUAAAAAGUAACACAACUCUUUGUGAACAGUGGGAUGGUUGGUUGUGUAAAAUUAGGUAUCAAAACUAUUGUGACGAUGCCUUAGAAGUCUUGAAGUGUAUAGGGGGGCGAGGUAGAGCACCAGUACUUCUGAAACAAGAAGUGCUAAGUCUGUUGUAAUGACUGUCAAUUGUCUCUUGAAAUUCUGACCCUAACCAGCCUUUCUCCAUGAAGAUAUUUGGGUGGUUAGGCAUUCAUUUAUUCCUUGUUCACAGAGUUAAUGCUGUUAGCUGUAAACCCUUGUACUUGUGGAGACAAGUUUACCUCAGAAAGGGCAACCAGGACAACGUUGAUUUACAGCUAACAGCACAACUCUGUUACAUCUGUCUAUCCUUGGCUCCUUUUUCAUUUGUGCUGUGCACCCUCAUUAGGAAUGGUUGUGCUGGCAGGAGACACAGCACCCCAACUCGCAGCCUGGGAUUUAUGUCUGCUGCCAUUAGUUACUGGAGUUCAUUCAUCUUCACAUUUCUGCAAGCUGUUUUAUGUUAGCAAACAUAAAGGGCUGGUGUUACUCUUGGAGGUGACUUUAUUCUGGCAACUGGCUUGGUUUUCUUGACUUAAAAAUGUGUGGACACAUGGAAGCCUGUGGCAACCAAGCAGUUUCCACUCACAACUGUAUAAUGGAUUCAAAGCCACAAAAUUCAUACUCAUCCAAACCCCAGCCUUUUAUUGGCUUUGGGGACUGGUUAUUUCAUGCCUCACCUCUCCCAGUAAUACCUACCAGCUUUUAAGCUACCUUCCAAUUCUGUUGUAGAUAGCUGUAGUUUCCAAGAGCUGGGAAACCAGCCUAGAAAACUCAUCAGGGAGAGAGCUAUGCCAGAAUUCCUUUGUGUUUAAAUAGUUUCCAUAAAGCCAGGCACAUCUAUCUUCCGGUAACAGAGCUUGAGGGAUACAAAACCAAGUCUGCUUUGUCACUACACAAUGAGGACCUAAAGAGACACUUCCCUUAAAAAGUGCAGAUGCUGCCUCAGUUGCUUGUUGCCACCUGAUCAUUUCUUCUUACGUGCUUUUUGGUAUGCUUUGUAUUUCCCAGAAGUUAUUUUUAAAUAUAUUGUGAAAAUGUGCCAUUUGAUCUCAAUCCAGUAUUAGGAAGAAGCAGUCAAUUUGCAGUCCUUCCUUAAUGUUGCUGUUUAAAGUUCACAGAGCUUGGCAGCUGAUGUAUCUGUAGUUUAAUUCUGGAAUGCAAUUCUCAUAUUGCAUAAUACUGACUAAUGAAAACAAAUGCUUUCUUCAUUGCAUGACACUUCUCUCACCAUAACUAAUUUAAACAAGCCACUGCUUCAGGAAAUACGUAAUAAAACCAAGUCAAGGCCUUGUAUUUUUUAAAUGUAAAAAAUAAAUCAGGAAAAUGGGGUGUUAGCAUUCAUUAUCACUGCCACAUUUAACUUUUCAUCAGAAGUGGCAUAUUUCUCUGAAGAGACUUUAAGCAGGGUAUUAGGCAUCUGACUUAAAUUUCACUAUACUAAUGCUUAGCUAAUUGCUGCUGGUGAGCAUUGUGCCCGAGCUGGAAGCCUGCCCUUGGAGCUAGGUACCAUGCCAGUUCCUUCCUGAUCCACUGUGACAAAUAAGUGCAUGUCUGAAGCUCAGUUAUAUAUAUUGUAUUGAACUCUCUGAAGCUUUUCUGUCCCCCUGAAUCCAAACUUCGAGUAAUUGCUCUUAGGUGUUAUUUUGCAUCCUGUUAUGUAAACAGCACAGUUGAAUGAAGUUGUCAGGAGAGACCAAAUGGCCAAAGAAUAGCCAGACAGAUAACAAUUAGGUUAAAAGUUUAGGGAACAGAGAGAACUCAAGCAAACAAUGGAAUGUCUGACAGCAGUGACUUAUCUAUUUUUUUCUUUUGCUUUUUAAAAAAAGAAUAACUUCUUUUUGGCAAAGAAUGUACAACAAAUUGGUUUUGAAUGAAGUAAUUCUGCAUACAAGUAUUUACAUUGUGGUUCUGUGAUCACAAAUCACAGGUCUGUGCUUGCUGGAUCAAACAGCAGUACAGAUUUGGUCAAUAAAAACUGAACUAGAAGGUUACAUGUGGACAAAAAUGAACCGUGGUAUCUUUUGGCAUGCCAUCCUAUCUCCUAGAAUACAUCGCAUCCGGUGCUCCAUUCAUUUGUCCUUUACAUUGUAAAAUUUGUUCUGUUGCAUUGUGGUUUUAUUUAUUGGAUGGCUAACAGUCCCUAGAAACAGCCUUGAGAAAAGUACCACACCACCGCCAAGCAUCAUUUGCAUUUUGGCACUGAGGAGCAACACAACAUAUUCAAUUCUCUUCCAAGAACCUGCAGAGCAAGAAACUCUGCUGGGGAGGAGUUACAUGGACAAAUAGGGGGAAAUUCAGGAUGGGGAAGAUGACAUUUGUAAAGACCUGCAUGUGGCUUGCACCUUACCAGGUGUGGAAAAUAACCAGCAUCCUAGUGCAGGACUGGUAAGCUUCUAGGAAAGAGCCACUGUAGCUGUUCAGAGGCAGGCAGCACAUGGCACCCACUACAGUAUUUCCAGCCAGUUUGGGAAUGAAUGACCACCAGCAAAUUGAUUUGGGAGCUAUGAUUACACUGGCAACCUCUGAAUGACAGGUAUGCAGAGGUCACAGGGACAUUGGCCUGUAAGGGCUUCCCCAGCUAGGUUAACACAGUAGAGGAGACAUUUAUUAUGAUCUCCCUUUUAAUCCCCCAGCAAAGCAGUUUCUUACAGGAAAGGACAUUCUCCCUACACAUUCGCACUAGUCUGCUGAAGUGAAUGACUGUCAUGUUUUUGCACGUUUUAGCUAGUGAAGAGGUAUGUUCAGGCCAGUUAGCAGCUGAUCCUGAAUCGGUUAGGAUUGAUGGAGUUCUCAUGCCUGUCUCUGAUUCUUGGAGGUCAAAUCUGUCUCUCCUCACAUAUUCUUCCCCAUACUCUUGCACAGGAGCCUAUUUAUUAGUCCCCUCAAACAGAGGGGACUAAAAAAUGACCAGGCAGACAGCUGCAAAAUGGGUGUGGAAAGUGUGAUUCAUUGCCUGAAGCAGGCAUGGGGUUUGUGUCUGAUCUCCACUUCUCUCUUGGGAUUCUGUUUGACAUGGAUCACAGGCUACUGGGGGGAAGAGGAACAGAUCGCUUGGUACAGAUAAGUAGCAAAUUCCUAUGCAGUCGGCAGAAGCUGACAUGAAUUGCAGCCACUCUCUGUACAUGGCAAUGUGUUCAUCCACAGAAUCCAAGAGAGGCAGAUCAGAGACUGCUGAGCAGAUUAACUCAGGCAAAACUCCAGACAAGCGCUUGCUGAGUCUGAAAAUGAUGCAUGUGUUGGAUUGCAAGAAAUAACACAUUGUUUUCUGCAUCUCGUGUUCUCAGUGUGUGCUAUUCCUCAGUCUAGGCUUCUACAUCAUUGACUUCUUAGUCUGGCCUCAGUACUGCUUUAAAAGGCCCAGAUCCCGCAUACAGUAUUUUCAAAUUUCCAACUGAACAAAGGAAAAGUCAAGGACUUCUUGCAGAGACUGUUAGAAGCACGGUUACUUCCUCCUAGUAAAGAAUCAGAAUCACUUAGUAAAUGCUGGAAGCUAUAAACUACUUAGAUGCAUGCAAUUUUGAAAGGAGGGAAAGUGUGGAAGAAAUGGAUAGCACUGAGUAGCAAAGAACCUCCUAUAUUCGGCAAGAGAAUCCCCAUUGCCCUCUGGAGCUCAGUCUUUGCUCCCCCAGGGCAUGGUCAGGUACCUCAUGUUACAGGCAGGGAGCUUGUCACACACCUUCACAAAAGACACUAGCCCAGCUAUGCAGGUGUUGGUCUUGCUUCCGUGCUGAGGCCCUGGAGUGGAACAGAGCAUGUCGUUCAGGCACGGCUGGUAGGGACCUCUGAGACACAGACUGCUCCCCUGGCUCCACAGGUCCAGUGCUUCUGCCCUGAUCUAUUUUAAGUUGCACAGCUGUUCGCCACAGUCAUUGCACUCAAGUUCUCCUGUGACUUGCUCUGGCUGGGGGUCAUUUUUUGGCUAAGCAAAGAGCUACUCUGUGCUCUUACUAUGGUUGCUGAAAAUGAAGGCAAACCAGCAUCUCAAGGACACAGCUAUGAGUCUGCCAGCAUCCAAGUGAAAGUAAGGAGCACAUCUCUAUGAAGAAGGUAGUAAUAUGCAGAGAUAGGGACUAUUCAAGGAUAAUGACCUUUGACAUAGCAAAUGUAUAAAGGGGUAAAGGAACAGACUCCUAGAAAUUGGAAUGAGUGGAAGGUGUCUCUGAAGGAAGUGCAGUUAGAAAGGGAUGUGAACAACUGAAGUCCCCCAAAACUGAACCUGAUUCAAAAAUACUUUAAAGUAAAUGAGGAAGUAAUAUAACUCUUGUGAAUGACUUGCUGCUUUGUGUUGUAGGGACAAUGCAUUUUUAGUUGAGCAGUGUAUGACUUAAAAUCAGCUUUAUUGUCAUAACCUUUUGUAGGUAACACAGUGAAACUACUACUACUCCUUUCUUUCGGGACAAAGUAUUUUUCUUUUGCUGUUGCUUUUUCUGUCAAUCCUGAAUAAUCAAAAAUCUGUAUGAUUUUUUUUCCCAUUUCAUAAAGUUUCUUACUUGAAAACUGGAACUUUGAAAGGCAUUCUUUACUGAAAUAAUGUAUUGAGAUUUCUGCUUGUUCAGAAGUAUACCUCGCAUACCUAAAACUCCAGAGGAACUUGAUUAAAUAACUUAAUUUUUAUGGAUCUGUAGUGUUUGCACUCUUGAUAAAAAGCUGCACUGCUGUGUCAACCAGUUCAAAUGAUAACAGGGUCAUCCCAUCGCACCAAGUACCCUUUGUAAAGUCAUAUGCUUCCUCUGUGUCAGUCUAUGCUAACUGACCUCUGUUUUCCUUCACAAAGGGAACUGCCCAGGUGGUGGAAUUGAUUAAGCCACACAUCUAUGCAGUCAAAAUAAGAGGCACUGAAGCCUGCCUCCUGCCUGUUUCCAGAUCAGUGCAUAUCUCAAGUGUCAUUCACUGAUGCCUUUAAGCUAAUUGUAGGCUGUUGCUGAAAUGGCCCCCUCACUGAAGGCUCCAUCUGACUGUGGCUGCCACUAUUCAUAUGUUGGCAUUAACAUGGGGAACUGGGUUAGGGCGCUAAUCAGAUCAGGAAAACUAACCCAGCAAAAGAAAAAUCCUUGUACUAUCCAGUCUAGUAAUCUACAUUCUAAAAUAAUUUCUAGCAGUCACUAUUCAGUAGAGAACCACUAAUCUCCUGGAUGGCACAGAACAGAUUUCUUCGUCCUUGUAGAGUUAUUUCCCCCUUCCUCUUUCUCUGUUUACCUUGUAUCUUAGAUUAUGAGCUCCUCAGGGCAAGAACCAUCUCUCCCAGUGUGUUUGUAUGGUGUGUCUAAACAUGCAGGUGUAAAUGUAUGGCAGAUCAGAUAAAAUGAUAAUCUUUUCUAUUAUCUGAUAGGAUAUCUUACUGACCAAAUCUUAACCCUGACAUUAAAGGUUCUGUGCUUGGAGUCUCGUACAAUUGCAAUUGAGGUCCCAGUUCCUCAGCUUUCCUAAAGGUGAAUAUUGCAGUAACAGUACAGGGUUGACUGUCCUUUUACUUACACUAUUUAUAGCAAAUCCUAAGUAUGCAUUAACAUGGGUGCUGUUCCAUCAGUGUGACUGAAAGAAAGAUGAAGCUGAAAUUUUUACAGCAGCCACGGGAAAAAAAAAAAAAUCACACAGGUAAGGUGAGUUAAUGAUGAAGAGAAAAAUGGCUUUUAAUACAGCUGUAGUUCCAAACCCUGUAAGACAUUUAAGCAUCUAUUAAUGUUGUUCCUAUUUAUUCAUAUAUAAUAUGAGGAAUGUUUAUGAGAAAUUACUCAAUGGCUGGCAUUUCAUAGAAGCUUAAGGACUUAAAACGUUUUUCCACCCCUUUUAGCUAUACCAGUAGAAACUGCCAAACAAAAUGCAAACGUUGCUUUGGUUCUGACUUCAUGCGGAGGCCAUAUCGGUUUUCUGGAA